GGCUGGAAGUUUGUGUCCCUCACUAUAAAAUUUCCUGCGCCUACAGUGUAAAAAGCAAGCCGAGGCGGCAGUGCACCACAGAUCAAAUCAAUCGUACUUUUUCCAACGAGCGAAAUUCCAGGACCUGCUUCUGCUUCACUUUUUUAUUUCCUGUUACAUCCAAAAUCCAAAAUGCCUCGCAUUGAGAAUGACAUCAAGUUGGACUUCAAGGAUGUGCUCCUCCGGCCAAAGCGGAGCACACUCAAGUCUCGAAGUGAAGUAGAGCUGAUGAGGAGCUUCACUUUCAGGAACUCCAAGGGCAGCUAUAAAGGGAUCCCUAUUGUUGCUGCCAACAUGGACACUGUGGGGACAUUUGACAUGGCCCUAGCUCUGCACCAGUUCACUCUCUUCACUACAGUCCACAAACAUUACUCUGUAGAUGACUGGGUGGAGUUUGCAGAAAAACAUCCUGAAUGCCUGGAGAGUGUAGCUGUCAGCACAGGAACUGGAGACGGUGACUUUGAGAAGAUCUCAGCCAUCUUGGCAGCAGUGCCUCAGUUAAAGUACGUCUGUGUAGAUGUAGCAAACGGCUACUCCGAACACUUUGUCCAUUUUGUCAAAGAUGUCAGGGAGAAGUUCCCCUCUCAUACUAUAAUGGCAGGAAACGUGGUGACAGGAGAAAUGGUAGAAGAGCUGAUCCUGGCAGGUGCUGACAUCAUCAAAGUUGGCAUCGGACCAGGGUCUGUGUGUACCACCCGCAAGAAGACUGGGGUUGGCUACCCUCAGCUCAGUGCUGUGAUCGAGUGUGCAGAUGCAGCCCACGGCCUGGGCGGUCACAUCAUCUCUGAUGGUGGAUGUACUUGUCCAGGAGAUGUCUCAAAGGCUUUUGGUGCUGGGGCAGACUUUGUGAUGCUGGGUGGCAUGCUGGCUGGCCACUCAGAGAGCGGUGGGGAGAUCAUUGAGAAAAAUGGCAAGAAAUUCAAGCUGUUUUAUGGAAUGAGCUCAGACACAGCGAUGAAGAAGCAUGCAGGAGGCGUGGCUGAAUACAGAGCAUCAGAGGGUAAAACCGUGGAGGUUCCUUACAAAGGUCCAGUAGAUGUCACAAUACGAGACAUCCUGGGAGGGGUCCGCUCCACCUGCACCUACGUUGGAGCAGCAAAGCUGAAGGAGCUUAGCCGCAGGACGACUUUCAUCAGAGUCACCCAGCAGCUCAACACCGUCUUUGGCAACGACAGCUGAACAACCACCUCAGCUCGGCUCCAGCGCAGACUGCCUGACUUCCAGUUGCUGUAUGUGUACUGAUCAUGUGAAAUCACAAGUGAGCUGAUAAAUUUAUUGAAUCUUUUUAGCCUCUUUUUAGCCUCUUUAAGCGCAGGUUAACAUGAUUAGAAACUAUUUCCAGCACGCAUUUUGAGUCCUUUUAGACAUGAAAAAAUCCACAGAGUAUUCCAGGGGUUAUUCCUAAAUGUAAUGUAGCUUUGACCCCACAGUUUCAUGAAUGUUUCCUCUUCUCUGUCUCAUCAUUCCACUGCAAGGUCCUUUUAACUAUUUAUUUAUGCACAUUUGUGGCUGUUUUAAACAGCAUCUACUGCAUGUCUGUACUGUUUGCAGAGAUCAUGCAGCAAGCAUUUGUCCCCAACUUAUAAGAUGAAAGAAAAUAUUUUAAAUUAUUUAAAAAUUAGCACAUUAGAAAAGGUAUAUUUUUAAAGAAAAAAAUCAUUCCAUCACCCAUAUUUUGCACUUUAAUGAUGCUUAAUUUGAGUCUAAUAUUAGUCUCAGUCUAAG